CUCUUUCUUCAUUUAUACACUACUUCCCGACCAAGAAACAGCAUUCUCUCUCAAUCUCUCGAAAAAACAAAAACAAGAAAAAAAACAAUUUGAGUUUUGAGUUUGAGAGUUUUGAGACUUUGGAGGAGUGCCAAAACCCCAUGAUUUUUCUUCUACUACCUUCAUCAUACAGAAAAGAAAAGAAGAAGAAGAAUGGUUGAGAAAACCAAUAAUACUAAUACUAACAAGAAGCACAAGACAUCCUCGUUAACCCAAGAUGACAUCUCCAAUCUUCUUCAAAGGUAUAACGCUACGACUGUGCUAACGUUGCUUCAAGAAGUGGCACAUUGUGCGGACUCGAAAAUCGAUUGGGACGCUUUGGUUAAGAAUACUUCAACUGGGAUUUCUGAUGCUAGGGAGUAUCACAUGUUAUGGCGCCAUUUAGCUUAUCACCACUCUUUGCUUGAUUCUUUCCAAUUUGCCCCUCACCCUCUGGAUGAUGACAGUGAUUUAGAAUGUGAAGUGGAAACUUUUCCCUCUGUUAGUGGUGAAGCUUCGACUGAGGCAGCAGCAUGUGUGAAGGUACUGAUUGCUUCUGGUUUACUAAGUGACUCUAGUCUCCCAAACAGCUCAAUAGUUGAGGCUCCAAUAACUAUAAAUAUACCUAAUGGGCUGUCAUCUAGAGCUCCUCUGGAAAAUUCAGAAGCAACUUGUUCAAUGCAGGGUACAAACAUUACUGUUCCUGUUUUCGUUCAGAAAAUGCCACUUCCUGCAGCUACAUCUACACCUGCUGAAGUUUUGGAUGGAAAUGGACCAGCCAGUGGCAACUUUCCUCCUCGAAGGAAAAGAAAACCAUGGUCAGAGGCAGAGGAUAAGGAACUGAUUGCUGCCGUGCAGAAAUGUGGGGAAGGAAAUUGGGCAAAUAUUUUAAAGGGAGACUUCAAGGGCGAUAGAACAGCUUCACAGCUGUCUCAGAGGUGGAACAUUAUAAGGAAGCGAAAGGGCAAUCUGAAUUUGGAACCCAACUCCGCUGGCUCACAACUUUCCGAGGCACGGCGAGCAGCUCAUCAUGCAAUGUCCCUAGCCCUUGAUAUGCCAGCUAAAAACUUAACAUCAACACGCCCUGCUGUCACAAAUACAGCAAGUAAAUCUGUGCUUCCUACUACAACAGCUGAAGCUGCUAAGGUUGGCAGCAGCUCUAUACAAGCCCAAGGCUGCUCUCAACAAGGCCCGAUCCCUACAAAGCCACCUCCCAUAGGAUCAUUGGGUCCCACAGCAAAAUCUCAAGUAUCUUCAAAAAAGUCUUCAAUGCAGCCUACUAUUGGUUCAGAUUCUGUGUUAAGAGCAACUGCAGUUGCAGCUGGUGCCCGCAUUGUUUCUCCAUCAGCUGCUGCAUCAUUUUUCAAGGCUACUCAGACAAAAAAUGUUGUCCAUUUCAAACCCACAGGUGGUUCUUCAACCAAAUCAUCCAUGCCUGCUGGUGUGUCAACUCACUCAGAGACCCAAACUAAUGUACAAUAUGUUUCUACUGGCCCAAAAGCCACACAAUGUUCCUCCUCUACUGCUGUUACUGUUGCACCUACCGUUUCACAUCCUAGUUCAGUGAAAGCUGCCUCACCAAUAGUUCAGCGUACUGCAUCUGCUUUCCCCACAUCAUCAAAUACAUCAUCCGAACCAACUAAUUCUGUUAGCUCUGGUCUGCCCUCUGAACUUUUGGUAAAGCAAGAAAUAAAGAGGGCAGAAGAGAUUGAAGUUUCUGAGUCACGUAGUGCACCUACAGAACAACUUGAAGGAGAUGGAGUUUGUGUCUCAGUAAACGCAUGUAUUGAGCAAAUUCAAGAAGAUAAAGCAGCAUCAGCAGACAUGGAAGUGGAAUUCGAAAAACAAAUGACUGAGAUUAAGAGUAAUAGUAGUUCUUUGGACAUGAUGACAGCUGAAAGUAAUCACAAAGCUGUCAUUGAGAGACAGGCUGAAGCUAGACAAAACGCAAAUAAUAAUGAAAUGAGGGGUUCACCAGUUAGAAAUGACAAUCAAUCUUCCCCUAGGGUGAAAUCUGAGAAUGAAGAUACAAAUGAGAAACAGGCAGAUUUGCCAAGCUUGGUAGCAGAUGGAUGCAAUGAAAAGCCGGAGGUUUUAAUCAAAGAAGAGUCUGGCAAUGAGAUUGAAGAGAAAGUUAAGUAACUUGUGCAAUUUGACAGAAUUGUUUUGGGUCCUAUUUUGCGUUUUUUUAGGAAAUUUUGUUGGUGUAAAUUUAAACGUUAAAAUUAUAUUGUGGAAAUUAAAUUAUGGGCGAGUAUCUGUAUGGUGCAAGUUUUUUCCCCCAUUAUGUUCA